AUGGUCGCGGUCUCCGUCCAGCCGCCGCUCCAGGUCGCGCAGGUUUCGGAAGAAGACCAACUGACGUUCCGGGAGAUGGCCAUGCAGCUGCUGGACCGCACGCUGCGCGACAUGGACGAGCACGACGUCGAGCCGCGCUCCCACGACAAGCAGGACCCGCGGCUGUGGAAGAAGAUUCACCACAAAGAGCACUUCACCACGUACACGCGGUGCGACGACGCGCCCGAAGCUGCGUACGUGGCGGCAGACGGGGGCCGCAGCACCACAUCGAGGCCGUCCAAGGACGUGGUUCUAGGCAUGGGAUUUGUUCAGUGUCCUCUCAGUGAGCUCAUGUACGGCGUCUUCAUGGGCAACACGCAGGCCAUGGCCCUCAAGUGCGCCGUGGUGGACAAGAACAUUGGCAACGGGGCUGUGCUCAAGCAGCUACUGGGGCCGACCGAAGAGGACCCGUUUCGGUUCCUUGCUCUCAAGUGGAUCGAAGUGAGGCCGCCGCGUGGUGUCUCCGGGAAGCUCGUGGCGCCCAGAGAAGUGAUGUUCUUAGGAGGCACAGGUACGAUGAGGCGUCGCGACACGGGCGAGUUCAUCGGCUAUGAAGUCCACCACUCGAUCGACCACCCUGCUUUUCCCCCCCACGUUGACGGACUGCGACGCACGCGCAUCGUCAUCGGCUCGAUCUAUCGCGAACGUCCCAACGGAACGGUCGACCUGUUCAUUAAAAGCUACAGUAUGGAGGCCGACAUGGGCAGCAUUCUUGGACCGCUGGCUAUGGCCCACGCCGCUAAGUGCAUUGAACAGGUCUGGACUGUACCGGACUUUGCCUACGCGAAGAAGCUGCGCUGGUGCAUCGACCACCGCGUGCACAGCAACGCCCCUAAGGCGCUUCACGCGAAACUGGACAAGUGCUGCGCGUCGUGCAAGAAGAGUGUGGUCACGAUAUGGAAGUCCAGAGCUGUACACCGCAUCUGCAACCUGUGCAAAGCACCGCUAUGCUCCAACUGUUGCAUCAAGAAGAGUCUGUAUGAGAUUGACCCGUAUCGUCGGGCGCGCAAGUUUCCGGUGCGGAUUUGCCCCACUUGCCGGGAGUUUGUCAAGCAACUGGAUGCCAAGGAAAUUCAGAGACAGGAAAUGCUUCACCCUCACACUGCAGAAGUGUUCAACCCAUUGACGCCUAGCACGCUGGAGGUGCUGGCACACAAUUUCUCGCUCGACAACAGCUUCUGUACAGCUUCAGUGGAGAGUCUGUGUAUGCUGGACUCGCCGCGUGCACAAUCUGACAGCGUCAUGACUGACUUACUGCAUUGA